AUGAAAAUAAUACUAGAUAUACAGCAAGCCGUUGAUACUAGAAAAUUAUCUCUGCAACAGUGGAUAAUAUUUAUACUUUGUUUUUUGGUGAUUUUAGCAGAUGGGAUUGAUACAGGGGUAGUCGGGUUUAUCGCUCCUGCAUUGUUAGAUGAUUGGGGGAUCACUAAAAAUGAUCUACGCCCAGUGAUGAGUGUUGCCUUAAUAGGAAUGGCGAUUGGAGCAAUAUUUGCAGGAAUAUUAGCAGAUAAGAUUGGACGAAAAUGGGUCAUUAUCGGUUCUGCAUUUAUUUUUGGUACUUCAAAUAAUACGACUGAAAUGGUGAUAUAUCGAUUCCUAACGGGAUUAGGGCUUGGUGCUGCAAUGCCAAAUGCUGCAACACUCGUAUCUGAAUAUAUGCCAGCGCAUCGCCGUGCAUGGAUGGUGAAUUUAUUAUUUUGUGCACUACCGCUUGGUAUUACGAUUGGCGGUGUUUUAUCAGCAGGACUUUUAUCAAAUCAUGGUUGGAAAAUGGUUCUCUAUAUAGGCGGAGCUAUUCCUGUAGUGGUUGCCGUUGUAUCAGUUUUUCUUUUAAAAGAAUCGCUACAUUUUUUGAUUAAAAAACAAGGACAAGUCGAAGCAUUAGAAAUUGUAAAAAAUAUACAGGGUAAAUUUAUCGAUGCAAAAUUAGUUCCUGUUAAAAGCCUAGAUGCUGAUUUAACUGAAAAAAAUACCAAUCCCGUUGGUCUUGUCGUCGGCAAGUUUAUUGUACCCUCUGCAAUGAUGUGGCUCUGCUGCUUUAUGAGUUUAUUGGUAUUUUAUGUGCUUACAAGCUGGAUGCCCACGCUUCUUAAGGAAUCAGGAUUUACACCGGAACAGUUUAGUUUAGUCACAGCAGUUUUCCCAUUUGGUGGCGUUGCAGGAACAAUCCUCAUUGGUUGGUUUAUGAGUAAAUAUGACGUGAAUAAAACCAUCACUUUUGCAUAUUUUAUAUCAGCCGUAUUAUUCGUCAUAACAGGAUUCCUGACACAAAAUAUUUAUUUACUCGCAUUGUUUAUUUUCUUAGCUGGCGCAGGUUUGGUUGGCGCACAAUCCUCUUUGCCAUCUUUAGCCGCGAUAUUUUAUCCUGCAGAAUGCCGUGGAGUUGGUGUUUCAUGGAUGCACGGAUUAGGCCGUUUUGGUGCUAUUUUCGGGGCAUUUUUCGGCGCUUAUAUUUUCACAUUUAAUCUCGGUAUGAGUGGUAUUUUCUUCGUACUUGCAUUGCCUAUUUUAAUUUCGGCGCUAGCGCUUUAUUUAAAAGGGCGUUAUUCAACUUCUAAAGUGACAAUUCCUCAAACCUCAAAAGUUUAA